UUUUAGCGUGUAUAUACUCAAGAUAUUAUUUUAGUGACAAUAUUUUAAAUAAAAGGUAUGGGUCUUCGGUUGCAGUUAGUAUCAUUUUUUAAUGCCAAUUUGGGAGCAAUCUUUUUAUUAGUGGCUGUUUUUACCAAUCACUGGGCAGGCCGAGAAAACGCGAAUAUUCAUACUUAUGAGAACUUAAGCACAAAAUGCAGUAUUCACAAACAUGACAACAAAGCCAGAGUUGCUUGCAAACUUAUUGAAACAACAUUCGGACAUUGGAAGGGUGAGUUUCUCCCAGUAAAAAUCUUUUUGUAUGCUUCGUUAGUAGUCCACUUGAUCAGCAUUUUUGUAUCUAUAUAUGUCAUUUGCAAAAAUGAUAUAAACAAGACCGAAAAAUGGCUUGCUGUUAUGCAAACUGCAAUAUUAAUUUUAGCUCUUGUUGGUUUAUCAAUCUAUGCAACUCAAUAUGACAGCAACUAUUAUUCGUUAAAGUGGAGUUACGCAUUUGCUUGGGGUGGUAUCAUGUGCAUGUUUGCAGCGCUUGUUGUAACAAUAAUAAAUAUAGACAUCAAAAGAAAGUAAUAUCAAAAUAUAUUAUCAAUUGUGCGUUAAUUAAAAUUCUCAUCAAAGUUUACGCAAAUAGAAAAAACAGGUAUAAAAGCAAAAACAAAAACACAUGUUUACUGAUUAGAUAAUUAGCGGAACACUACGUAAGUAAAUGAAAGUUCAAACAUAAGUUAUACGAAGCGCUUCUUCUUAAAAAACUUUCUAUUUAAAAAGAAGUUGAGAUAAUUACAAAAUGGACGGGUUUUUAUCUCAGCAAUUGAAUUCAAACAUAUGUAUAGUUUAUGAUUAGAAUGUAUAGUAUAUUAUAGAUACUAUAUGUAAUAUAUUAUAAUUACAAUAACAUAA